UACAUAGCAAGCUGUGGGAAAGGUGACAUUUCCGGCUAUUCUUCAUUUAGAGGACGAGAUGCUGAAACCGAACGAUUGGACAAUACGAUUGUGUUGUUUAUGCUUUAAUUCUUAUUUUUUAACAUCUGCCUUGAAUGGUUGUAUCUGAAGCUAAGCAGCUGCAGUGUUUGCUGUACUGAUCUAUUCUCCUUGGAGGGUUAUAAGGAGAAGCAGAUGUAGGAUCAGACUGCAGAGCAGGUUCUAGCUACAUUUCGCUGAUCGCCGCUUCAGGGUAUAGCAGCUAUGGCAAAGCUUGCAUCCUGUGUCCUGGUUGUCUUGGCAGCUUUAGGACAUCUAUCUGAAGGCAUAAUAAUAAUUCCAUGGUGGAGACUCGCUACGGAUGUGAAGAGUAUUACAUGGGAAAAUUGUGAUUCAGGAGAUCUUCCUGGAACAAUCAAAAGCCUUUCUAUUAGCCCUGACCCCGUCUCUAUGCCUGGAGAUGUGACCGUCUCUUUAGUCCUGAACACUGAUGUGUCCUUAAGUUCCCCCCUCCAGAUUAAGAUCACAGCUGAGAAGGAAUUGUUGGGCGAGUGGCUGACGGUUCCCUGCGUCGAUAAAUUUGGCAGCUGCACCUACACUGAUAUUUGUGAAUUGCUGGACUCUUUCUUCAAGCCAGGACAGCAAUGCCCAGGGCCCUUGGCUACCUAUGGCCUUCCCUGCCACUGUCCCUUUAAGGCUGGUUCCUACGCUCUUCCCACCACCACUUUCAAGAUCCCAAACCUGUCUCUCCCCUCCUGGAUGGCUGAUGGGAGUUACAGAGUAACCGGAGUUCUGACCCACAACAAUAAGGAGAUCGGAUGUGCUAAAUUUACUUUCUCUCUGUCAUCUGCCUCCUCCUGGUGGUGGUAAGGAGAAGACCCUAAGUGACUAAGGAAUGAAUUCAAUUUUCCCAAAUAAUUUCCCUAUACGGCACUGAUGCCACCAUCAGCUUCUUUGGAUAAAUAAAUAUAUUGAUAUAAAGACAGAAGUCUUUGUCUAUUGUGAUGCCUCGCUCUUGUACAUAGGUGCGGUUGCAGUAUAGAGGUAAGGAGACAGCGUUUUUAAAUCAAAGUCCAGUGUUUUAUUCACAUUUUAGCAUUCAGCAAACAGUCUUUAACGUGGAACGAAAGGAAAACAUAACAGAGUCCACCUGUAAUUCCUUGGUGUUUGUUCACACCUGAGAUCAUGCUGUGCUGCACUAAGCAAAGUCUUUUCCUAGCCACCAGCUAGGCUGUUCAGCAGUAGAGAUGAGCGAACUUACAGUAAAUUUGAUUCGUCACGAACUUCUCGGCUCGGCAGUUGAUGACUUAUC